AUGCUUGUCUCGGACGAACAUCACAAAUCCGCCGUUGCGGACAUCGCGGAAAAAACACGCCAGUUUCAUCAGUCGAGGACUCCGUUCCGCAUCUAUCAUGGCUCCACACUCUCCACACGGGUUUCGGCUCGAAAACGGGACCAAAUCAUUGACGUCAGCGCCUUGAACCGUGUCAUUCAUUUUGAUGAAUCCCGCAAACGAGUCCUCGUGGAGCCCAAUGUGCCAAUGGAUGCUCUAGUCACUGCAACCACAGCCCACGGCCUUCUUCCGCAAAUCGUCAUGGAGUUGCCCAACAUAACUGUUGGAGGCGGCUUUUCGGGAACCUCUGGAGAGAGCAGCUCCUUUCGCUAUGGUCUUUUUGACCGCACCAUCAAAGCUGCCGAGAUCGUGCUUGGUAACGGCGACGUGGUCUGGGCUUCUGAAGACGACCCGGAGACCCGCGAAUUGCUACUUGGCUGUGCUGGGAGCUGCGGCACUUUGGGUAUCAUCACGCUCUUGGAAAUGCAGUUGGUUGAAGCGAAGAGCUAUGUGGAAUUGAUUUACAUUCCUGUUUCUAGUGUCCAGGAGAGUCUGAGGGUGCUGGAGGACGCUGAAAAAGACCCUUCAGUUGAUUAUAUGGAUGGGAUACUGUUUUCUAUGAACAGCGGAGUUAUCAUGAUUGGAAGACUGACAGAUACCCCUCUUCCGGAAAGGAAGCCACAAACAUUCGACAAAGCAGCCGAUCCGUGGUUCUAUCUACAUGCGGAAGCCAUUCUCAAAAGGACACUACACGGUAACACGCCCUACAAGGAAACUAUUCCGGUAAAGUCCUACCUCUUCCGCUAUGACCGCGGCGUUUUCUGGUCAGGCCUGCGAGCAUUCAAGUAUUUCAUGACCCCAUUCAACCGCUUGACACGCUACCUACUUGACCCUUUCAUGUACACUCGCACCAUGAUCCACGCCCUCCAUCGUUCUGGUCUCUCCUCCCAAACCAUCAUCCAGGAUCUCGCCGUUCCUUACCGCAACGCCGAAGAUUUCAUCCGGUGGACGGACGAACGCACAGGAUUGUGGCCGUUGUGGUUGUGUCCUGUGAAACCCUCACCUCCUGACGCCAAGAACUUCUCAAUGGGCAAGAACAUCGGGCAGGAUAUGCUGCUAGAUGUUGGGAUAUGGGGAAUGGGUCCCCGAGACCCACACGAAUUCAUUCGGCUGAACCGCGAUUUUGAGGCCAAAGUGGAGGAGCUUGGGGGCUUGAAAUGCCUCUAUGCGCACGCCUAUUACACGGAAGACGAGUUUUGGCGCAUAUACGAUGAAGACAGGUAUAUGGCUUUGCGGCGGAGGUGGCAUGCGGAGUCCUUACCAUCUGUGUACGAUAAAGUAAAGGUGGACUUGAAGGGCGUUGCCGGGGGUGAGGAAGUCCACCGCAAAGAAUCCUGGGUGGAGUGGGCGAGGAGGAGGAUUUGGGAUAUCUAUCCAUUGGGAGGGUUAUAUGGAAUCGCGAGCGCAACGAAGGGACUGUUGGUACAGAGUGACUUUCUGUUGAAGAAAUAG